CCAUACAGCUAUGAAAUCAUGAUUACACUGCAAAAUUUGAACAAAUUUAGGAGAUGACACACUAAAAACUUGGCAAACAUACAUUUUUGAAUAGUUUUAUGUCAUUUCCUGUAUGUUUGUUUUAUAAACAUGCAUAUUUUUGGCCACUUGCCGUUCCAUAAGUCAAAUAUUGGCCUAAAAGUCAAAGCAAUUUUUCAGACCAGAUUAAUGCGAAACAUAUCUCUAUCAAGUCAAAUUACUAAAUAAGUCAAACAAAUUGCUGUGUUCGCAAUAGAUUUGAAUGUAAUUGUGUCUAAUCUCAAUUUUAUUUUGCCCAUUCCUUCAUUUCAGCUCUUUGAAAAGCGCCCCCUCUGGUCACGUAAUGCACUGAGAUGUAACACUGAGGUCUCAUCCAUCCUUAUCAAGGGUAUCUUAUGUGUGGUGGCUUACUAUUUCCAACAAGGACCUUGGAGAGGGCUUUGGUGUCGUAUGGGGUACGACCCCAGGGAACAUCCGGAGUCUAAAAAUUACCAGCUACUCGAUUUCAGGAUAAGAAAAGAACUCACAGACAAGAGUGUGAAGUUGAUGCUGAAGAAGAAGCGGAUGAUAUUAUACCCUCACCAAACCUUGAAAAAUAAACGGGUUAUACCAGCACCCCUACUCUCCGGCAGUGCUGAACCAGAGGGAAGUAACAGGGAAUCCUUUGAUUCCUACUACAUCAUGAGGCGUGGUAUCCUACCAGCAUACCAUCAGAUGUUCUACCAGCUGUGUGAUCUCGAGGACCCAGAGCUCCAGACGAUCAUCAACAACCCGCAAUGGCACAAGACCAAGCCAAACAUGAAGAGCGGCUUCUUCGAGGCGGAGAUGUUCCGCCGUCUCCGGGAUUGUCUCACUCAGAUGAUCAAGGAUACAGUGCUUGAAGUCAACGCAAGUAAAUCGUUACAAGAUGAUUCUAGCCAGGGCUCCACACCUUCAACGUCAGCAUCCACUCCUGAGAUGCCAGAAAGAGGAGAGAAGGAUGAUGAAGAGGGGCCUGCAGCGGGGGAAGACGAGGAAGAUGAUGGAGAAGAUGAGGACGGGUUGGAUGAUGGAGGAAUAGGUGAUGAUGAUGCAGAAGAGAUGGAGGACAAGAACAUCCUGUGUGACGAAGCCGAUGGAGCAGAGGACGCAACAGGGAUAGAGAAAGACGACAAGGAAGUCGCUGAGGAAGUUGACAGUGAGAAUGAAAUGGCAAUGGAGAUGUUAGAAUUUUUGGAUCCCAGUAUGUUACCAAGCUGAUAAAGACUGACGAUAGGCGAAGGGUCAGGAGGAAGGAUGUUUACAUUGUUAACGUCUGAAAAGCCACCAAUGUGAAGGUUGUGAUGAGGAGAUGGGUGGUGAGAAUAAAUGGCCAUGGAAAUGUUUGAAUACUAGUAUACGGAUAGCAGUGUGCUACCAAGUUGGUAAAGACUGGUGAUAGGCAAAAGGUUAGGAGGAAUGAUGUAUACGUUAACAUCUAAAAAAACACCAAUGUGAAGGUCAUGAGAAAGGUGAUGAGUAAAAAUAGCCAUGGAAAUUUAUUUUGGAAUUCAUGGAUAAUAUAAUACCCAACAGAUUAUGAGGACCAAAAGACGUUAAAAGAUGGGAGUCACUGCUACCCUGUUUGGCAUACAACAAUUCAAGGGGUAGAGCUUCGUAGAUCUGGCACUGCAGAGUGGCUGCCGGGCCCACAAUCAACUGGGCAAAAAGAAUUUUCAGAGUAUUUUUAUUUCAGAUUUCAUUUCGAACAUUAAAAUAUGGAUUUAAAAAUAAAAUCCCCAUCAACCUAAAAAAACAUGAGUAUGGAUGUUAGGAGGAAGAGAGGUAUGGUGAAAACGAAAUGGCCAAGGAUGAUGGAAAUGUUAGAAUUCACCAAGUGCAGUAAGCUAGCCAGCUGAUAAAGACUGAUGAAAAGCAAAAAAUUCUGAGAGAGGUUUGAGAGUUGAAAACAUCAAAAAAUCUGAACCUCAUGAUUUGGGGAGGUAAAAACAAAAUGGCCAUGGAGAUGUUGGAAUUCAUCAACAUCAACAUGCUAUUUUGCGUAUGGAUACUAAUGCUAGGUUAGAAAUUAGGAAAAGCGAUGUAUUCAUUGAGCUGUGUUGCAAGAAUGGCGGUGGGAUAAAAAGUCCUUGGAAAUGUUGUGAUUCAUCUAUAGUGGUAUACAUGAGUCUGUGGAUGUUGACCUUUCAUGAGUUGAAUAAUCAUUUUUCCAGGAAGAAUUACAUGUAUGUAAAGCAUGUAUAUCUGACAUCUUUUAAAUGGGAUUUUGUCAAAGUCAAACAGAUUUUUGUUCCAAGAGAUAUGACUUAUGUAGUUUUUAGUGUACUACCUAUAGCUCAUAAAUUUGAUGGGCCAGGAGGUGCGAUUGCUCAGUUGGUAGAGUGGGGGUAUCGGAUUCCGGUGACCCAGGUUUGAUUCCCACUUGGUGCGCUACUCGCUAGUGCCCUUUGGCAAGUCAUUUAUCCUAAUUGCCAGGUCCCCCGGAGAGGACUUUUUGCCGCAAGUCCUCUGGUUGCUUGCUUACAAGCAUUCCUACUUUCAUAGCAAUCAGGGAAAAAAAUCACCACCAAUCAAUCAAUGAAUUAAUAGAAAGGACUGUUUUCAUCAAGAUGUUAGAAUUGUGAUGCCAACAUUGUAAAGUCAUUGCAAGGUGUUUUUGUUAUAUGUUUUAGAAAUAAUCAAAUUCAAGGUCUGAUUGGUAAUGAGAGCUGAACAAAAAGUCCUAAGUUCAUAGGCCUGAAAUUAUGAGGAAAAAAGAUUGAUAAGGUGCUGAAGAGCUAGUGAAUAUUUGGGUACUGGCACAGGGGCUAGGGGCCAUUUUGCCCCCGAAAUGCUCAAGAAUAGCCCUGGAAACUUCAAUAAUGAGACUAGGAAAAUCCCCAUCCAAUGUUUUCAGAUUUAGGCAGUAAUUUGUGAAAAGUAGCCCUCAAAAAUAUAUGCAUGUAUUUUUUUUUGCCUGGUAUAUGGUGUUGCAUUUGAAAAUGAUCAAAAUCACAAUGAUGUAUGUUGUGGAAUGUUGACCCUAUAUUUACAGAAAAUGGAGCACCUAAAAAAUAUAACUAACGAAGGGUCAGUGUUAAGAUAUAAUAUAUUGGUAGAUAUCAUUUCUAUCAUUGGUUCAUAUUUUCACAUUUGAAACAUACUUCCCAUAAAAAUGAGACAUAUGUGUAUAAAUUGAUCUUCUGAAACUAUAACUCACAUGUUUUCACCGCUUUUGACAAAUACAAAAAUCUAAAGGAAAUCUGAAUGACUAUUACGAAGAACUGGAAGUUAAACAGAAUGGUAUUCUUAUAUUAAAUUAAAAAUACAUCCUAUUUGUAACAACUUUUGUCAUGUAUAAUUGCAAAUGUCUCACACAAUGCUGAAAUGGAAUAGAAAUUAAACCAUGAUUAUGCCACAAUAAAGUUGUAAUAUUAGAAUCCAAAUUGAUCGUUUGUCUAUACAGUAUGUACAUGGUAUUAAAGCUUAUACUGGAUGCUUGUUUGAUUCUCAAAAAAAAUGAAAAAGAAGCAAUUUCACAUAUGUGGUCAUGUAUGAUGUAAUAUAUGGUCAGGGUUUAUAUAAACCCAUUUUAUCUACUCUCAGUUUGAUAUAAUUGUUGUUUGGUCUGCACUAAACUUGGUCUAAUACAAAAUUUGUCAAAUUCUCAGUCUAACACUCAGUUGGAUAUUAUUUCCACUUCUGCUUAUUGCUUUUUUUUUUCAUUUGUCAAAUGAAAAUUUGGAUACGAAGUAAUUCAUCUGAGACUAAAAGUGGUGUCAAACCAAGUAGGUAGAUUUUAGAUGCAAUGGGUAUGAAAGCUUAACUGAAAAUUAGACAUUACUGGUCAAUGGAUUAAAUGUCAAUUAGAUCAAAUGGUUAAUACACGUAGACAUGGCCUUGGGAAGAGGGGGUGCCCAAAAUUUUUUCUUGGGGGUGCUGCAUGUAUUAUUUUCCAUAGACAGCACCCCCAGGAAUUCUGGAUAGGUUUUACAAAAUGGAAGAAUGUAAGCAAAAAGACCUAUAUUUUGUAGUGAAUCCCCGACCCUUUUUUUUAUGUUGUUGCUUGCUUGUCCAAUUGUUUUUCAUUUUUCAGUGAUACUUUCUCUUUUUUCUUUUUUGUUUUGCUUUUCAAAUUUACUUCAGCACCUCCAGUAAAAAAAAAAAAAAGGGUUCCCAGGGCCCUGCAUGUAGACAAACUGGUCAUAGAUGAACUAGGAUUGUAUCAUGUGAGGUGAGACCCAAAUAAAAUUAGAUGAAUCGGGUUUAGACCAAUCAGGGCCCUGCAUGUAGACAAACUGGUCAUAGAUGAACUAGGAUUGUAUCAUGUGAGGUGAGACCCAAAUAAAAUUAGAUGAAUCGGGUUUAGACCAAUCAGGGCCCUGCAUGUAGACAAACUGGUCAUAGAUGAACUAGGAUUGUAUCAUGUGAGGUGAGACCCAAAUAAAAUUAGAUGAAUCGGGUUUAGACCAAUCAGGGCCCUGCAUGUAGACAAAGUGGUCAUAGAUGAACUAGGAUUGUAUCAUGUGAGGUGAGACCCAAAUGAAAUUAGAGGAAUCGGGUUUAGACCAAUCAGGGCCCUGCAUGUAGACAAACUGGUCAUAGAUGAACUAGGAUUGUAUCAUGUGAGGUGAGACCCAAAUAAAAUUAGAUGAAUCAGGUUUAGACCAAUCAGGGCCCUGCAUGUAGACAAACUGGUCAUAGAUGAACUAGGAUUGUAUCAUGUGAGGUGAGACCCAAAUGAAAUUAGAUGAAUCGGGUUUAGACCAAUCAGGGCCCUGCAUGUAGACAAACUGGUCAUAGAUGAACUAGGAUUGUAUCAUGUGAGGUGAGACCCAAAUGAAAUUAGAUGAAUCGGGUUUAGACCAAUCAGGACCCUGCAUGUAGACAAACUGGUCAUAGAUGAACUAGGAUUGUAUCAUGUGAGGUGAGACCCAAAUAAAAUUAGAUGAAUCGGGUUUAGACCAAUCAGGGCCCUGCAUGUAGACAAACUGGUCAUAGAUGAACUAGGAUUGUAUCAUGUGAGGUGAGACCCAAAUGAAAUUAGAUGAAUCGGGUUUAGACCAAUCAGGGCCCUGCAUGUAGACAAACUGGUCAUAGAUGAACUAGGAUUGUAUCAUGUGAGGUGAGACCCAAAUAAAAUUAGAUGAAUCGGGUUUAGACCAAUCAGGGCCCUGCAUGUAGACAAACUGGUCAUAGACGAACUAGGAUUGUAUCAUGUGAGGUGAGACCCAAAUGAAAUUAGAGGAAUCAGGUUUAGACCAAUCAAGGCCCUGUCUUACAAAGACUUGCAAUUUAUCCAAUCAACCAGAACUAUGGAAAGCCAACAACAUCAACAUCUAAAAGGCAUGUUUGUUAAUAAUAUAGAUGUGAUGUAUUAUCAUACACUCAUUGUUUUCUUGAAAAUUCAGUGUGCUCCUUGUUUACCAAGGAUAUUGUGCAAAUUUCCUGAUCAAAAUUUUGAUGUUGAUUGAUUUCCAUAUACUAGAGGUUGAUCGGAUCAAUCGGAAUUCUUUGUAAGAAUUGUAAGUUAACCUUGAAAAUGUACUAUUCAAUAUUUAUAAAUGUUGGGGUAUCAACCAGAUCAUAAAGAAACAAGGUAACAUUAGUGAUGCUAAUUGACCAUAACAGGAAGUCCUUAAAUGUGAAAACAUUUAUUGAUAUUGAUAAAUUCAUUAUGAAUUAUUAUUUAUCCAUGAUGAAUUUUAGGUAAUUAAUUUACCUGUUACUUUUGAUUUCUUAGGUAAAUAAAAAAUGGAUUCUGUACAUGCUUUUUUUUCUACAUGCAUACAUGUACAUGUAGAUGCAAUUUGUGAUGUUUUCUGUUCUUGAAAUGCUGAAUAAAACUCAUGAAUUGGAGAAAAGAAA